CCCCCUGUCUGUUAUGUUGCUCAUGCGCAAUAAACGUUGUUGGUGUGAAGCCGCCAAGUGCUAAAGUUUAACAACAUGGGGAAGAUAGCAGUACUCUCGCUUGUUGCUUUAGCCAUUUCAGUUUUGAUCGGUGAAAGACUAAUAACAUUAAGGCACUUGACACUUUCUUCUAGAGCACUAACUCAGAACUAUCUGCCCAACUGCCACCUGAUAGAGGGCAUAGAGUUUGGGGCUGAAGAUAUCACCAUACUUGAAGAUGGAUUGGCCUUUCUGAGCACUGGCUUGAAGUUUCCAGGAUUACCCUCUUAUUCAGAUGAUCCUGGGAAGAUCUAUACUCUGGAUCUCUUGGAUUCCAGACAAAAUAUUCAAGCACUGAGCAUCAAGGGAGGAUUUGAUGAAGAUUCUUUCAAUCCACAUGGAAUAAGCGUGUACACAGAUGACAAAGAUGGUGCAAUUUAUUUAUUUGUUGUUAAUCAUCCUCACGGAAAAAGUCAGGUGGAGAUUUUCAGAUUUGUUGAAGAGGAAAACUCUCUUCAAUACAUUAAGACCAUUAAACACGAUCUGCUGAGAAGUGUGAAUGACAUUGUAGCUGUGGGUACCGAAAGCUUUUAUGCCACCAACGAUCAUUACUUCACUAAUGGGUUUUUGAAGUUUUUGGAGCCAUUACUGACUUUGGGCUGGUGUGAUGUCAUCUACUACAGUCCUGAUACAGUGCAGGUUGUGGCAGGGGGCUUCCUUUCUGCCAAUGGCAUAAAUAUUUCCCCUGACAAAAGGCAUUUAUAUGUAUCGGAUGUAAUGAACCAUACUAUUGUUGUCUUGGAAAUACAGAAAAACACUAUACUGUCCCGUUUAAAGGAAGUUGAUGUAGGGUCACUAUGUGACAACAUUGAAGUGGAUCGCAAAACUGGUGAUCUAUGGCUGGGCUCCCACCCAAAUGGUCUUAAAUUUUUACUUAGUGAUCCCAAUGAUCCGCCUGGUUCUGAGGUCAUCAAGAUUCAGGACAUCCUUUCUGAAAAGCCCAAGGUGACUCAGGUAUAUGCAGAUAAUGGCAGUGUGAUCAUUGGUUCUUCUGUGGCAACUCGAUAUGGAGGAAAAUUACUUAUUGGAACAGUUUAUCAGAAAGCUCUGAUCUGUGACCUCAAGUAGGGCAUGUACUUGGGGUGGUUAAAUAAAGCUUGAUGUUUUGUGUAUGAAAAUUUAUUUUUGAUAUUGUGCAUCAUUUCAAAAAACAAAUUUUUUGCAACUAACAAAUUGAAUACAAGUUGGUUCAUUGGGUGGUAUGCCAAAGUUAUGCUAAAAUCUAAAACUAUAUUUUUUAAUUAUGUAUAAUUGCUUUUUUAUGACCUCAUAUUAUCAUAAGGAAGAGAAAUAUACUAUUUCCCAUAUGCAUUCAUAUACAUUAAGCCAAAAGUGACAUUUUCAUAUAAUGUUAUUCAGAAUAUGAUCACUGAAAGCAAAUGGUUUGUCAUCUGCUAUCAGUUUAGCAUUGCAGCUGCUUACAUCUAUAGUUGUAAUGAAACAAUGAAAAGUCUGCCAUCAUUUACUUACCUUUAUGAGUUUCUUUCGUUUCUCCUGCUGAACACAAAGAUAUUUUGAUAAGUGAUGGUAACCAUCUUACCUUCAUUUAACAAAAUAUCUUCUUUUGUGUUCAACAGAAUGAAACACAUGCAGGUUUAGAACAACAUGAAGAUGAGGAAAGGAUGACAGAAUUUUUAUUUUUGGGUAAACUAUAGCUUUCAUUUGGACUAGUUUAAAAGUAACAGGGGGGUAACAUUAAUGUGUUUUUUAGGGGAAAAAAAAGGUAGAAUUGUGCUCUUCAGAGGAUUAUGGGUUAUUUGUAUUAUGAUACGAGAAUAUCAUAUGCCUAAUUUUCCAACACAUCCUCAUCCAAUGGCGUCAAUAUUUGACGCCACUUGACCAUGCGUCAAUAUGUUACGCGGAGGGUAUACCCUUCGCGUCAUUUUUUGACGAACUGGGGACUUCAAUACUAUUAGGUACGCGAAAUUAAACAGUUGUCGCCUGACAUUGGGGUUAGGGAUAGGUUUGGGUAGGGAUGUCAUUAUGUAAAUCUAACCCUAAACCGACGCGAAAAUGGUAAGAAAAUGGUACGAAAAUAGGAAAGAGAAUGCAACGGACUCAAUAGUAUUGAAGUCCCCAGUUCGUCAAAAAAUGACGCGAAGGGUAUACCCUCCGCGUAACAUAUUGACGCAUGGUCAAGUGGCGUCAAAUAUUGACGCCAUGGGGUGAGGAUGGGCUGAAUUUUCAUGUUUUACAUAUAGAUGCUAAAUGAAGGCUGAUAAUAUAUUGAAGAAUCCAUGUCUGUCCAUGAAUAACUACCACAUAGUAUUUGUUGCAGUAAUUAAUGGUAUUGACUGUACACUGUAAAAAGUGUUUCUGUGCCUCAGUAGAUUUAACUAAAUAAAAUGAGUAAACUGUG